AUGGUAUUCUUCGCUUGUUUCGUAUUGUUGGUGGUUCUCGCACAAUCUCUACCUGUGAGCGAUACUACAGAAAGGGGCCAAUUAAGAAAAAUGAAAAUUUUUCCCGAAGAAUCCCGGAACAUACCAAUAUAUAGCCGGCAUGUUCGUGACACUGAAGGAUGGAAAGUACAACCAAACAUCAAUAGAGACCAAGAUGGCAACACUGCAGGAUCUGUGAGGGUGCAAAAGGAUUUUGGGAAUCAUGAAGUCCAUGCUGGCGCUUCUAAGGUAUUCUCAGGACCUAAUCGGGGUGAACCAUCGUACAAUGUUGGAGCAACCUUCAAUUGGUGA